UUUGUGAAUAAAAUUAUUUAGUUUCAAUUUUACUUCUCUACACGACGAAUCGGAAGCCAAAGGUUAAUCAAACAUCUUAGCCUACGCAGUGGAAUUUGAUAAUUUGUCCCGCUCAGCAUCAUAGAGUGAUGUUGGGACCAUUCUUGAUCUACUUUUUCCUCCUGGUCUUGAACCAGACCGGCAACAUCCUGGUGGUGCUAGUGGUGUCCAGGAACCAUUCACUCGCCACCCCUAUGGAUUUACUACUACUCUGUCUCUCAAUCUCAGAUCUGUUGGUAGGCCUGUGUAUGGGCCCGCGGUUCAUAUUUACAAGCGGUCUUGCUCAUCACCCAGGCGGCACUGCGGGCACAUUAUUGUGUAAACUUGUGACAGGGGAGUCCCUGAUGGCGAUGGCCGCAGCAAGCAGCGCCUUCAUUCUCGUAGUCAUAUGUUCCGAGCGUUACUACUCCGCUAUUCGACUCAAAGGCCACAAAAUGCCCAUAAAGAAGGUCAAAAACGCAGUCCUCGCCUGCUGGCUCGGCUCCUUUGUCCUCGUUUUCCCGCUCUUUUUCUCUCUGUACUACGACGAGAACACGCAUUUCUGCGCCCAAUACUUCCCUUCCACCCUCCCGUGGCUUCCGAUCUUGUACUCCGUCGUUGCUUGGUUGAGUGUGGGAAUAGCGCCUAUAACAGUCAUGGCGGUGGUGUACACUCGGAUCAUCUAUAAGCUAUGGAUCAAGUCAUCGUCGGGCGUUACUAGCGCUCAGUUAGCGGUCAUCAAACACCGCAAGCGAGCCACUAAGAUGAUGAUCAUAGUUAGCUGCACUUACGCUAUGUGUUGGUUGCCGAAUCUGACCAUCUACCUCCUUCUCUACGCUAGAGUCUCAUUCAAACACGUACAACUCGCCCAACAGUUCACGUUCAUAUCGAUUCUACUAAACUCCACAGUCAAUCCAGCUAUAUAUUCAUUCCAGAGCCAGCGAUUCCGACGUCAGCUGAGACGUCUGUUUUGUCAUGCGUCAGAGAGGCAGCCUGAUUGGUUCGCAUCGCAAAUAUACUCGAGCAAGCGACGGGAAGCGCUCGAGAGUCCAACGUCUCCAGCAUGUUCUCGAGCGUUUCCCGAGAAUUCCGCGAACGCUCGAGACGCCAACGAGCAUUUACCGAGAAGUCCCUAAGUCAACAGAAGUUUUCAUAGUAUCUAUCGAAAAGACCCCAAAUAACUUUGCAACAAGGAAGGCAAAAUACUGAUGUGUUCUUUGUGUUGUUUUAGUCAAAUUUAGGCUGCAAUAUGAGGGGGAGGGGAACAGAAACAGUACCUAUUACAUUCUCGAGGAUCAAGCGCUUUUUUUUUCGGGCGCGAAAUUUUGAGCGCUCGCAAAGACCUCUGGGUACCCAAGCAUGCAGCUAUGGAGACAACAACAAUAACAGGUGAAAUACAGUUUAUCGCAACAAACCAAAAUGCCAAUUUAUUGAAAUCACAUAAAAAUACGUAUUUUCUAAUAAAUAUAAUCAAAAAUAACUGUAAUAAUGUGGACAAGACUUGAACAGGCGCUCAGGAGAUCUAAUCUUAAUUAAAGUGCAAGAUUUAGUUUAUCAUCUAUCGGAACAAGAUCGUUUUUACAGUAUUUCUAUAUUUAAACGCCUACAUGCCUUGAAUACUAUAAUGAUAUGGUUUUCGUUGGUAGCUAAAGCCCAAGGUAUUUUUAAUCUAUGCCAGCUUUUGUUCAAGGUCGGAGUGUAAUUGGGCCCUUCUUCCUUUAUUUACAUGUAAACAAGGAGUACAUAAACAACCUAUCGUAAGCGUUGAGUCAAUGAUAGUUAAUAAACAUGCAAAUAAAGAGA